AUGAUCGGGAUAUUCCCGCGAGUUCUGCUGAGCUGGCGGAAGAGAUUGGGGACUGUGCAUGGCGCGCGCGAUCAUAAGGCAGGUUCGAAAGCCGCACGACACGCGGCGGACACUUUGCCGUUGCACGGCGGGAAAGCGGGUUACGAGGCGCCUGAAUGCGAGAAAGGCGCGGCGGCGAGUGCGGUGAGAUGGCGGCCGUGGAUCGUCCGCUGCGCGGCGGGGCUUCUGGCGCUCGUCGUCGCGCGCUUCCUGCUCGUCGCCAACGAGGCUUGGCUGGAAAGCCUACAGGUUUGGAAUUUCUUCCCACUGGAGGGGCUGCCAGCAGUGGAGUGGGAGGAGGGCCCCCCACGGCCAGGGUGCAUUCUGACUCUCGACUCGCUUGUUCCAGCUUGGGUGGACAGCCUGGAGCUUUGGAACUUCUUCCCGCUGCAGAGCCUGCCGGCAGUGGCGUGGGAGGAGGCCCCCCCACGGCCAGGGUGCAUUCUGACUCUCGACUCGCGCUACAGCCCUGAAGGUGUGGCGGCCGUGGAAGUGGCUGUAGCGCGGCUGCUGAGGGAGCUGGGGGGGGAUGCGGAGGAGGUGGGGGGAGGGGGGAGUGGGGGAGAAGAGGGAGGGGGAGAGGGGUUAGGCGGAGAAAGGAAAGGGGGAGCGGAAUUAGGAAAAGAGGGCGUACGUGCUGGGGUGGAAGAUGGGGGACAGGAAGGGCUGAAGGGGGGGAUCAGUGGACGGGAUGAGGGGGAGGUGGAUGAGGGAGAGGUGGGGAGGGGGGUGAGGGAUGGGAAGGGGAGAAUUUUGAAGGAAGGAGCGGGAGAGGGGAAGGGACGGUUGCAUGGAGGCUGGAGGGGGAGGCGGCUGACGGGAGGAGAAGAGGAUGGCAUGGGAGAGGGGGAGGGGGGCCUGAACGGGGAGGUUAAGAAGGCGGAGGGGGGAAAGGGGGAGGGCGAGGAUGAGGGGAAGGCGGAGGGGACGAACCAGGAGAAAGAAGAGGGUAACAAUGAGGGGAAUGGGGAAGAGAAGAAUGAGGGGAAGGAAGAGGAUGAGGGGAAGGAUGAGGGGAAGGAUGAGGGGAAGGAUGAGGGGAAGGAUGAGGGGGGAGGGAGGGGCGGAGAGGCGAUGCCGGAGGUGUGGCGGCGGUUCUACUCGGGAUUGCCCAAGGUGGUGGAUGCGGAGGGGCACGAGAACAUGUGGAAAUUCCCCAUCUGGGUCGCCCUGGCCGUCAACAUGUGCGUGCGUGCUGCAGUGUCAACAUGUGCGUGCGUGCUGCAGUGUCAACAUGUGCGUGCGUGCUGCAGUGUCAACAUGUGCGUGCGUGCUGCAGUGUCAACAUGUGCGUGCGUGCUGCAGUGUCAACAUGUGCGUGCGUGCUGCAGUGUCAACAUGUGCGUGCGUGCUGCAGUGUCAACAUGUGCGUGCGUGCUGCAGUGUCAACAUGUGCGUGCGUGCUGCAGUGUCAACAUGUGCGUGCGUGCUGCAGUGUCAACAUGUGCGUGCGUGCUGCAGUGUCAACAUGUGCGUGCGUGCUGCAGUGUCAACAUGUGCGUGCGUGCUGCAGUGUCAACAUGUGCGUGCGUGCUGCAGUGUCAACAUGUGCGUGCGUGCUGCAGUGUCAACAUGUGCGUGCGUGCUGCAGUGUCAACAUGUGCGUGCGUGCUGCAGUGUCAACAUGUGCGUGCGUGCUGCAGUGUCAACAUGUGCGUGCGUGCUGCAGUGUCAACAUGUGCGUGCGUGCUGCAGUGUCAACAUGUGCGUGCGUGCUGCAGUGUCAACAUGUGCGUGCGUGCUGCAGUGUCAACAUGUGCGUGCGUGCUGCAGUGUCAACAUGUGCGUGCGUGCUGCAGUGUCAACAUGUGCGUGCGUGCUGCAGUGUCAACAUGUGCGUGCGUGCUGCAGUGUCAACAUGUGCGUGCGUGCUGCAGUGUCAACAUGUGCGUGCGUGCUGCAGUGUCAACAUGUGCGUGCGUGCUGCAGUGUCAACAUGUGCGUGCGUGCUGCAGUGUCAACAUGUGCGUGCGUGCUGCAGUGUCAACAUGUGCGUGCGUGCUGCAGUGUCAACAUGUGCGUGCGUGCUGCAGUGUCAACAUGUGCGUGCGUGCUGCAGUGUCAACAUGUGCGUGCGUGCUGCAGUGUCAACAUGUGCGUGCGUGCUGCAGUGUCAACAUGUGCGUGCGUGCUGCAGUGUCAACAUGUGCGUGCGUGCUGCAGUGUCAACAUGUGCGUGCGUGCUGCAGUGUCAACAUGUGCGUGCGUGCUGCAGUGUCAACAUGUGCGUGCGUGCUGCAGUGUCAACAUGUGCGUGCGUGCUGCAGUGUCAACAUGUGCGUGCGUGCUGCAGUGUCAACAUGUGCGUGCGUGCUGCAGUGUCAACAUGUGCGUGCGUGCUGCAGUGUCAACAUGUGCGUGCGUGCUGCAGUGUCAACAUGUGCGUGCGUGCUGCAGUGUCAACAUGUGCGUGCGUGCUGCAGUGUCAACAUGUGCGUGCGUGCUGCAGUGUCAACAUGUGCGUGCGUGCUGCAGUGUCAACAUGUGCGUGCGUGCUGCAGUGUCAACAUGUGCGUGCGUGCUGCAGUGUCAACAUGUGCGUGCGUGCUGCAGUGUCAACAUGUGCGUGCGUGCUGCAGUGUCAACAUGUGCGUGCGUGCUGCAGUGUCAACAUGUGCGUGCGUGCUGCAGUGUCAACAUGUGCGUGCGUGCUGCAGUGUCAACAUGUGCGUGCGUGCUGCAGUGUCAACAUGUGCGUGCGUGCUGCAGUGUCAACAUGUGCGUGCGUGCUGCAGUGUCAACAUGUGCGUGCGUGCUGCAGUGUCAACAUGUGCGUGCGUGCUGCAGUGUCAACAUGUGCGUGCGUGCUGCAGUGUCAACAUGUGCGUGCGUGCUGCAGUGUCAACAUGUGCGUGCGUGCUGCAGUGUCAACAUGUGCGUGCGUGCUGCAGUGUCAACAUGUGCGUGCGUGCUGCAGUGUCAACAUGUGCGUGCGUGCUGCAGUGUCAACAUGUGCGUGCGUGCUGCAGUGUCAACAUGUGCGUGCGUGCUGCAGUGUCAACAUGUGCGUGCGUGCUGCAGUGUCAACAUGUGCGUGCGUGCUGCAGUGUCAACAUGUGCGUGCGUGCUGCAGUGUCAACAUGUGCGUGCGUGCUGCAGUGUCAACAUGUGCGUGCGUGCUGCAGUGUCAACAUGUGCGUGCGUGCUGCAGUGUCAACAUGUGCGUGCGUGCUGCAGUGUCAACAUGUGCGUGCGUGCUGCAGUGUCAACAUGUGCGUGCGUGCUGCAGUGUCAACAUGUGCGUGCGUGCUGCAGUGUCAACAUGUGCGUGCGUGCUGCAGUGUCAACAUGUGCGUGCGUGCUGCAGUGUCAACAUGUGCGUGCGUGCUGCAGUGUCAACAUGUGCGUGCGUGCUGCAGUGUCAACAUGUGCGUGCGUGCUGCAGUGUCAACAUGUGCGUGCGUGCUGCAGUGUCAACAUGUGCGUGCGUGCUGCAGUGUCAACAUGUGCGUGCGUGCUGCAGUGUCAACAUGUGCGUGCGUGCUGCAGUGUCAACAUGUGCGUGCGUGCUGCAGUGUCAACAUGUGCGUGCGUGCCUGCAGUGUCAACAUGUGCGUGCGUGCUGCAGUGUCAACAUGUGCGUGCGUGCUGCAGUGUCAACAUGUGCGUGCGUGCUGCAGUGUCAACAUGUGCGUGCGUGCUGCAGUGUCAACAUGUGCGUGCGUGCUGCAGUGUCAACAUGUGCGUGCGUGCUGCAGUGUCAACAUGUGCGUGCGUGCUGCAGUGUCAACAUGUGCGUGCGUGCUGCAGUGUCAACAUGUGCGUGCGUGCUGCAGUGUCAACAUGUGCGUGCGUGCUGCAGUGUCAACAUGUGCGUGCGUGCUGCAGUGUCAACAUGUGCGUGCGUGCUGCAGUGUCAACAUGUGCGUGCGUGCUGCAGUGUCAACAUGUGCGUGCGUGCUGCAGUGUCAACAUGUGCGUGCGUGCUGCAGUGUCAACAUGUGCGUGCGUGCUGCAGUGUCAACAUGUGCGUGCGUGCUGCAGUGUCAACAUGUGCGUGCGUGCUGCAGUGUCAACAUGUGCGUGCGUGCUGCAGUGUCAACAUGUGCGUGCGUGCUGCAGUGUCAACAUGUGCGUGCGUGCUGCAGUGUCAACAUGUGCCGUGCGUGCUGCAGUGUCAACAUGUGCGUGCGUGCUGCAGUGUCAACAUGUGCGUGCGUGCUGCAGUGUCAACAUGUGCGUGCGUGCUGCAGUGUCAACAUGUGCGUGCGUGCUGCAGUGUCAACAUGUGCGUGCGUGCUGCAGUGUCAACAUGUGCGUGCGUGCUGCAGUGUCAACAUGUGCGUGCGUGCUGCAGUGUCAACAUGUGCGUGCGUGCUGCAGUGUCAACAUGUGCGUGCGUGCUGCAGUGUCAACAUGUGCGUGCGUGCUGCAGUGUCAACAUGUGCGUGCGUGCUGCAGUGUCAACAUGUGCGUGCGUGCUGCAGUGUCAACAUGUGCGUGCGUGCUGCAGUGUCAACAUGUGCGUGCGUGCUGCAGUGUCAACAUGUGCGUGCGUGCUGCAGUGUCAACAUGUGCGUGCGUGCUGCAGUGUCAACAUGUGCGUGCGUGCUGCAGUGUCAACAUGUGCGUGCGUGCUGCAGUGUCAACAUGUGCGUGCGUGCUGCAGUGUCAACAUGUGCGUGCGUGCUGCAGUGUCAACAUGUGCGUGCGUGCUGCAGUGUCAACAUGUGCGUGCGUGCUGCAGUGUCAACAUGUGCGUGCGUGCUGCAGUGUCAACAUGUGCGUGCGUGCUGCAGUGUCAACAUGUGCGUGCGUGCUGCAGUGUCAACAUGUGCGUGCGUGCUGCAGUGUCAACAUGUGCGUGCGUGCUGCAGUGUCAACAUGUGCGUGCGUGCUGCAGUGUCAACAUGUGCGUGCGUGCUGCAGUGUCAACAUGUGCGUGCGUGCUGCAGUGUCAACAUGUGCGUGCGUGCUGCAGUGUCAACAUGUGCGUGCGUGCUGCAGUGUCAACAUGUGCGUGCGUGCUGCAGUGUCAACAUGUGCGUGCGUGCUGCAGUGUCAACAUGUGCGUGCGUGCUGCAGUGUCAACAUGUGCGUGCGUGCUGCAGUGUCAACAUGUGCGUGCGUGCUGCAGUGUCAACAUGUGCGUGCGUGCUGCAGUGUCAACAUGUGCGUGCGUGCUGCAGUGUCAACAUGUGCGUGCGUGCUGCAGUGUCAACAUGUGCGUGCGUGCUGCAGUGUCAACAUGUGCGUGCGUGCUGCAGUGUCAACAUGUGCGUGCGUGCUGCAGUGUCAACAUGUGCGUGCGUGCUGCAGUGUCAACAUGUGCGUGCGUGCUGCAGUGUCAACAUGUGCGUGCGUGCUGCAGUGUCAACAUGUGCGUGCGUGCUGCAGUGUCAACAUGUGCGUGCGUGCUGCAGUGUCAACAUGUGCGUGCGUGCUGCAGUGUCAACAUGUGCGUGCGUGCUGCAGUGUCAACAUGUGCGUGCGUGCUGCAGUGUCAACAUGUGCGUGCGUGCUGCAGUGUCAACAUGUGCGUGCGUGCUGCAGUGUCAACAUGUGCGUGCGUGCUGCAGUGUCAACAUGUGCGUGCGUGCUGCAGUGUCAACAUGUGCGUGCGUGCUGCAGUGUCAACAUGUGCGUGCGUGCUGCAGUGUCAACAUGUGCGUGCGUGCUGCAGUGUCAACAUGUGCGUGCGUGCUGCAGUGUCAACAUGUGCGUGCGUGCUGCAGUGUCAACAUGUGCGUGCGUGCUGCAGUGUCAACAUGUGCGUGCGUGCUGCAGUGUCAACAUGUGCGUGCGUGCUGCAGUGUCAACAUGUGCGUGCGUGCUGCAGUGUCAACAUGUGCGUGCGUGCUGCAGUGUCAACAUGUGCGUGCGUGCUGCAGUGUCAACAUGUGCGUGCGUGCUGCAGUGUCAACAUGUGCGUGCGUGCUGCAGUGUCAACAUGUGCGUGCGUGCUGCAGUGUCAACAUGUGCGUGCGUGCUGCAGUGUCAACAUGUGCGUGCGUGCUGCAGUGUCAACAUGUGCGUGCGUGCUGCAGUGUCAACAUGUGCGUGCGUGCUGCAGUGUCAACAUGUGCGUGCGUGCUGCAGUGUCAACAUGUGCGUGCGUGCUGCAGUGUCAACAUGUGCGUGCGUGCUGCAGUGUCAACAUGUGCGUGCGUGCUGCAGUGUCAACAUGUGCGUGCGUGCUGCAGUGUCAACAUGUGCGUGCGUGCUGCAGUGUCAACAUGUGCGUGCGUGCUGCAGUGUCAACAUGUGCGUGCGUGCUGCAGUGUCAACAUGUGCGUGCGUGCUGCAGUGUCAACAUGUGCGUGCGUGCUGCAGUGUCAACAUGUGCGUGCGUGCUGCAGUGUCAACAUGUGCGUGCGUGCUGCAGUGUCAACAUGUGCGUGCGUGCUGCAGUGUCAACAUGUGCGUGCGUGCUGCAGUGUCAACAUGUGCGUGCGUGCUGCAGUGUCAACAUGUGCGUGCGUGCUGCAGUGUCAACAUGUGCGUGCGUGCUGCAGUGUCAACAUGUGCGUGCGUGCUGCAGUGUCAACAUGUGCGUGCGUGCUGCAGUGUCAACAUGUGCGUGCGUGCUGCAGUGUCAACAUGUGCGUGCGUGCUGCAGUGUCAACAUGUGCGUGCGUGCUGCAGUGUCAACAUGUGCGUGCGUGCUGCAGUGUCAACAUGUGCGUGCGUGCUGCAGUGUCAACAUGUGCGUGCGUGCUUGCAGUGUCAACAUGUGCGUGCGUGCUGCAGUGUCAACAUGUGCGUGCGUGCUGCAGUGUCAACAUGUGCGUGCGUGCUGCAGUGUCAACAUGUGCGUGCGUGCUGCAGUGUCAACAUGUGCGUGCGUGCUGCAGUGUCAACAUGUGCGUGCGUGCUGCAGUGUCAACAUGUGCGUGCGUGCUGCAGUGUCAACAUGUGCGUGCGUGCUGCAGUGUCAACAUGUGCGUGCGUGCUGCAGUGUCAACAUGUGCGUGCGUGCUGCAGUGUCAACAUGUGCGUGUGUGCUGCAGUGUCAACAUGUGCGUGCGUGCUGCAGUGUCAACAUGUGCGUGCGUGCUGCAGUGUCAACAUGUGCGUGCGUGCUGCAGUGUCAACAUGUGCGUGCGUGCUGCAGUGUCAACAUGUGCGUGCGUGCUGCAGUGUCAACAUGUGCGUGCGUGCUGCAGUGUCAACAUGUGCGUGCGUGCUGCAGUGUCAACAUGUGCGUGCGUGCUGCAGUGUCAACAUGUGCGUGCGUGCUGCAGUGUCAACAUGUGCGUGCGUGCUGCAGUGUCAACAUGUGCGUGCGUGCUGCAGUGUCAACAUGUGCGUGCGUGCUGCAGUGUCAACAUGUGCGUGCGUGCUGCAGUGUCAACAUGUGCGUGCGUGCUGCAGUGUCAACAUGUGCGUGCGUGCUGCAGUGUCAACAUGUGCGUGUGUGCUGCAGUGUCAACAUGUGCGUGUGUGCUGCAGUGUCAACAUGUGCGUGCGUGCUGCAGUGUCAACAUGUGCGUGCGUGCUGCAGUGUCAACAUGUGCGUGCGUGCUGCAGUGUCAACAUGUGCGUGCGUGCUGCAGUGUCAACAUGUGCGUGCGUGCUGCAGUGUCAACAUGUGCGUGCGUGCUGCAGUGUCAACAUGUGCGUGCGUGCUGCAGUGUCAACAUGUGCGUGCGUGCUGCAGUGUCAACAUGUGCGUGCGUGCUGCAGUGUCAACAUGUGCGUGCGUGCUGCAGUGUCAACAUGUGCGUGUGUGCUGCAGUGUCAACAUGUGCGUGUGUGCUGCAGUGUCAACAUGUGCGUGCGUGCUGCAGUGUCAACAUGUGCGUGCGUGCUGCAGUGUCAACAUGUGCGUGUGUGCUGCAGUGUCAACAUGUGCGUGCGUGCUGCAGUGUCAACAUGUGCGUGCGUGCUGCAGUGUCAACAUGUGCGUGUGUGCUGCAGUGUCAACAUGUGCGUGUGUGCUGCAGUGUCAACAUGUGCGUGUGUGCUGCAGUGUCAACAUGUGCGUGUGUGCUGCAGUGUCAACAUGUGCGUGCGUGCUGCAGUGUCAACAUGUGCGUGUGUGCUGCAGUGUCAACAUGUGCGUGUGUGCUGCAGUGUCAACAUGUGCGUGCGUGCUGCAGUGUCAACAUGUGCGUGCGUGCUGCAGUGUCAACAUGUGCGUGUGUGCUGCAGUGUCAACAUGUGCGUGUGUGCUGCAGUGUCAACAUGUGCGUGUGUGCUGCAGUGUCAACAUGUGCGUGUGUGCUGCAGUGUCAACAUGUGCGUGUGUGCUGCAGUGUCAACAUGUGCGUGUGUGCUGCAGUGUCAACAUGUGCGUGA